UUUCACGACGCCAAGUGCGUCCUACAGGAAGAAAGUAACCCCCAGUCGGAGCGCAAGCGAGCAGGAGCGCGACUUUUUGGCGCUCUUUGCGAGCGAGCCGCAAGGAGGCGGAAGACGGUCCCGAGCCGGGGCGCGGGAAUCGGGGCAGCGAGUGCCGGACGGGGGAGUUGCUGCGCGUGGCGUCCUCGCAGCAAGACGCUCGCACGGAGAGAUUCCUUGAACCAUCUGCAGUCAUAUUAUUCUCUGAAGAGGGUGCCCUUGAUUACCAGUUUGCUCUCAGUAUGACACCUGUCAAUGUAGCUCUAAUCCGUGAUACCAAGUGGCUGACUUUAGAAGUUUGUAGAGAAUUUCAGAGAGGAACAUGCUCUCGAGCUGAUGCAGAGUGCAGGUUUGCCCACCCGCCAAGAGUUUGCCAUGUGGAAAAUGGCCGAGUGGUGGCCUGUUUUGAUUCACUAAAGGGUCGGUGCACUCGUGAGAACUGCAAGUAUCUCCACCCCCCACCCCACUUAAAGUCGCAGCUAGAAAUUAAUGGGAGGAACAAUCUGAUUCAUCAGAAGACCACCGCAGCCAUGUUCGCCCAGCACAUGCAGCUUAUGCUCCAGAACGCUCAGAUGUCAUCACUCGCAUCUUUUCCUAUGAAUCCAUCACUUGCAGCUAAUCCUGCCAUGGCUUUCAAUCCUUACAUGACUCAUCCUGGGAUGGGCCUGGUUCCUGCUGAGCUUUUACCAAAUGGUCCGGUUCUGAUUUCUGGAAACCCUCCUCUGGCACUGCCAGGAGUUCCUGGUCCAAAACUAAUUCGUACAGAUAGACUGGAGGUUUGCCGUGAAUUUCAGCGAGGCAAUUGUACCCGUGGGGAGAGCGAGUGCCGCUACGCUCACCCUAUGGAUGCUUCCAUGAUUGACAUCACUGAUAAUACUGUGACAAUCUGCAUGGAUUACAUUAAAGGCCGAUGCUCCCGGGAGAAAUGCAAGUACUUUCAUCCUCCUCCCCACUUGCAGGCCAAACUCCGGGCAGCUCAUCACCAGAUGAACCAUUCGGCUGCCAGUGCAAUGGCCCUGCCGCCUGGUGCCCUUCAACUGAUACCAAAGAGGUCAGCCCUUGACAAGACCAAUGGUGCCACUCCGGUCUUUAACCCCAGUGUUUUCCACUGCCAACAGGCUCUGCCUAACAUGCAGAUUCCGCAGCCGGCUUUUAUCCCGACAGUGCCCAUGGUGCACGGUGCUACACCUUCCGUGUCUGCAGCAACACCACCUGCCAACAACGUUCCGUACGUUCCAACAACUACAGGCAACCAGUUGAAAUAUUGAGCAGCAGAGUUACAGAAUAUCAGAAUCUCUCAACAAGAAACUCCAUGUGGCCUUUCUAUAUGUAUUCUUGUAUGUCCUCUUGUACCAACACGACAAUAAGCAUGGUGCAGUCAAUAUAUUAAAGCACCUAUACCUGUUGACAAUUUCAAAUUUUAAAAAUAUGUGAUGUUAAAGCAAAUAGAAAAUUAACCACUAUGUGUUACCUUAUAUGGAUUAAUUGUAUAUGAAUUAGCAUACAGAAUACAACCAUACAGCUUUGUCAUGUAUAUGAACUAUCAGAUCCAUAUUACAUGAAUUUUCCAUCUGAUAUGAAUUACCACAUUGAAUAUAACUGUAAAAUGUUGUGACUUUUUUCCAGUAAUGAUUUAUGCUAAAUGAACUUCCACGGUGUACUGUAGGCUUACUGUAUACUCUUGGUGGAUAAAUUCUGUUUUCAAAGUGUUACCUUACUAUUUUGUUUACAAGAUAGUCUAUAGGAUUGAUGUAGAAUGUAACUGAUAUUUCCCAUAGCAUUUUCCUCCAUUGGUAUAUUGUAUUAAAUUGGGCUCUGCAUAGCUUUUCCUCGCUGUAGUGUUUUCUUGUUUAUACGUUGUGUUUGAUUUCAAUUAGAAUGUCAUAAGUGGGAAACAGAACUAUAUGUGAUUGAAAAAUAUAACAGGUUCAUGGUAAUAUGCCCUCUUUAAAACAUUUCUGUAAGUUUCUGGAGGCCCACAUUUUAAAGGCCUCACUUCUGAGUGUGCACAAAAUCUGUUCAUGUGUAGAAUUUUACCUGUAGAUCUGACCUUGCAUCAUCAAUAAUAUACUAAUUUUUUUAAAAGAGAAAAACACUUCCCUACAUGUGAUAGGAAAGUUCAAAUGUUAACCUCAAACCAUUCCUCUUAAAUAAUUUGAGAAUCAAGUGUUCACAUUCCAAUAAAUUUCUUAGCAUGUAUAAAAAUUAUGGAGAGUAGCCAUUGCUUUUAUUGCAUUACAGGAAUCUUAUCUCUCAGCUUGAGUGUCUAAAUUUGAGCCAUUUGUCAUCUUCAGCUGAGAAACUGGUACUUACUAGUUUAAAGGUAUGCUAAUCAUAGGUUGAAAAUCAAGCAGAGAGAUGUGGGCGUGGAGACAGUUAUUAUGUACUGGCAGAAAUGUGUGUAAAACCUUUGCAUUGUAACCUUUUUUUCCAAAUGCAAAUGGCUCAUGAUCUUUUGACUAUUCUCUGAAUAAUAAGUAAGAUGCAGUCUAGCAAAAGUCAGUCCAGGUGAAAGAAAAUUGUUUCCAAAUGAGGCCUUGCCUCCCCAAAUGGACCAUCUUGUCUAUUGAUCACAGAAGGAGGUUGAGUAUAGGUUUAGGGAAAUGGCAGGCAUGGGGGCAGGGAGAGAUUUAAAAUGACUUGGAAUGUGCACAAGAACAGGAAAGGGUUUCUGAAAUUGUCUUUCAGUUUAGUUUAGCUGAGUUCCCAGUUUUUCUAAAAGCAGCAGUGAAGUAGCAAGCAUUUGUGCUAUAUUGACAGGUGUUUCUCUGCCAAAACUUUAACAUCAGAGGAUUGGGGGGGGGGGGGAGCGAUGAUUUGUUCAGUUUUGUCUCAGAACCAAACCUGUUUUUGUCACAUCUGAACUUACUUGCCUUUGUGUGUGUUUUAAAAUUAGUUUUAGCACCCUUUGGUUAAUAGAGAAUAGCAAUAGCCCAUGGAGGUGUAAUAUGAAUUCUUCUUACUCGUACUUAGGAUAUAAUCUACACAUAUAGUAAUGCAUCUAUUUCUGUGACAUAAAGUGUACAUCUUCUACUCUACAAAGUUAUUAAGAUUACUAUUGUUAGAAGAGGGAGGAAACGUGUUUUCCAAAAGCCUCAAUAACUUGAAUAUUUUGUACUCAAUAUAGAUUCUCCCACUGGAAAGCAUAAAAUCAAAUUGUAUAACAGUUGUUUUUCUUCGUGAAAAUCAGGAGGAAAGAGAAACUGUUUGAGAUACCGUAAGACAGGUAGUUGGAUUGAUUUGCAGAACAGUGGCAUUGGCAAAGACUUUAUUGCCUUUUCCACAGUUGGUAAAAGAGAGAGGUAGACUGUGUGACUUGCCUAAGGCUGCCUAGCCAUUGUGGGAACCAAUUGUUCUCCCUUUUUACAUCUUUCUUUGGAACAUUUGAGACUCCUACUCAGAGCAAAUCAGAUUGGCUCAGAAUUUUAAAAAAGCAAAACUGCCUCUGGUGGUUCAUGUAGUCCAUUGAUCUUAAUUAUCCAGGUGAAUCCUGGUUACCAGUGAUUUCUUAAUAGUCUUGUUUUUAUAUUGGGCCUCUGCCCUUUGUUAACUAUUGCCUGAAGUUAAGAGAUUGGGAGUUGUCUGUUCUUUUUCCUGUAGGCUCUUUGAACCACGAUAUUUCUGUUUUCUAACAUCAUAAUUCCAAGAAGAAUGUACCUGAACUAGUCUAGAUGUAGUUAUUAAUGGAAAUGGGAAUGUUUUGUGCAAAAUGAAAUUUUUGUAGUUUGACAGUUUGGUGCAACAUACUAUCUCAUUGAACUUCUUAAACUUUUGACCAAGAUAUGUGUAGAUGAUAAACUUAGAGUAGAGUUGUUCUCAUGUUGCUCUAAGCACUGGAAGUUAUUAAUGUUGACUUAUAUUUAGGAGGAGAUUCAGUGGGAACAUUUAGGGUAGUUGUCUUUUGGUGCGAUGAGUUUCUAUAAUAUAAAUUUUGAAAGUUGCAAUGUACGUGAAGUUUAGGAAAGCAAGCUCAAAACUCGACAUUUUGAUCAAAUUUAAUGGAGUUUUAAGGGAAAUGAAACUUUAAGAUAGCACUCUAGUUGUGCAAUGACUAAUGAUCUUAUUGAAGAAAAGACAAGUCAUUUGACUAUAAAAUGAGUUAACAAGACCAGUCACAACAAAUCAGUGACUCUAAACAAAAAUUUACCCAAUUAUAUGUAUAUAAACCAAAUUCUAAUCAGUUGUGAUUUCUAGUUGGCAUUUUUUAGUCUUUGUGUUUUACCAUAGCCUUUAUUUUUAUUUCUCCAAUAUUAUUGGUUUUGUCCAUUUUCUCAGCCUUUUGCCAAAAUUUGCAAGAACACUGAAAGUCGGAUAAAAUGUGUCAAAUCUACAAAUAAGCAAUCUAAACUUGUCAUUUAAGAAGAGCUUAGUUUCAGUUUUUACAAAAAACCACUAUGAGACCGCAAUGAAUAGGGACUAGACUUAAAUCAAAUGGAUUCAUACAACUACUAUUUAAAUACAGUGUUUACUUUUGAAAUUAGAGCAUGAAUCCACACCUAGAUGUUGCUUUUCAUUUAAGUUUUCUAGAUUAAUCUUCAAUUUUCAUCUAGUCGUGAAAGCAGUCUGCUUGCUAUUACAUCAGUCUUGUUCUCCCGUCCAUCUCUGAGCAUACUAAAACACUUGGAUCUUGCCAUAAGUGGUGUCCUAUGCCCCUCGGCUGUGCCCCCUCAUGGAACCCUCAACUCCUCUGAUCUCCAGUUCAGGAAGAAACCAGUACCUGCUCUCAACUAUCAGCAGGAACCAAAUGAACUUAGUAUUUUGUACUUGGGUUCACUUUAAAGAGCAUAAGCAGUAAAGUGCUAUGUGAAGCAGGAAUGGCAACUAUAGUACAUUGUAGGAAAUGAUAGAGGCAGCUGAGGCCACUCAUGCGCUAUUUGGAAUGCCAGCUGGUUCUCUUCCUCCUCUUUGGUGAGUGUUGGUAAGGAUGCCCUUAGGUGAAAUGCAGCCAAGGUUUUCUAAGAUCUGGCAGUCUGUAGGAUAGGCUGUGGCAUGCAGAAUGAUCAGUAACAUAGUUCUCUCUCCACAUUAAAAAAAAAAAAAAAAAGCUCUUCUACAUUUCACUGAAAUGGAAAUAAAUAAAAUUGGGGGGGUUCUGAUUUGAUUUGAUUCGUUUGAUGGAUUUGAUUCCAAGUUUUGAUUUGUAGAUUUAGUAAGAUAGUGGCCUAAUUUUACCAGAGCCUGUCAGAGGUAGUAGAAUAAAAUAGCAGAUAAGAGAGUUUAGCGGGUUUUUUUUAAAGUUUUGCAGAUAAUCUAAGCAAACUAUAAAUAUAAUUACAAAUACCAUGUUUUAGUUUUUCUUAUUGUUUGUUUUUAAGGUUUUAAUUGUACUACAUUUUUAUAUCUAAGUAACCAAUGAGUUUAAUUUUUGAAGGAGAGUUUAAGUUUUUACCACAUAUAGUCAGACCAUCUCUGUCAGCUCUAAACUGAUACCAUAGCAUAAUACACUAUAGAUGCAGUCCAUAACUACCCUCUACAACUCACAGUUCAAGAACAAACUUAGCGUUGUACACAAAUGAUAGAUGUCAGCUAAAUAUAUUUAGUUGUUGCUUUGGCAACAAAACUACAACAUGGCUACCUUUAGACAUUUAUGCAUGUAAAACUUUGAUGUGUAAGCUAUAUGUGGUUCAUGACAGUGCAAACAGAUUGAAGAUACACCAAAAAACUCAAAAAACUGAUGAUGUUUUUGAAGCCCUGUGUUCCAUAUGAAAGCUGAAUUUGUGUCCUCAUAUAACUCUUGAUUUAAAAAAAAAAAAAGCUUAUAACACAUGGAUUCUGGAAUUGGACUUUAUAGUUUAAAGAAUUUGUUGUGUUGAUAGGGUUAUUCUACAGUAUUUUGACAACAGAACAAGCUUGACAUAGAUAUUACCUGGCCUUUUUUCACAACUUUAUUCAAAAUUAUCUAUUCGUGUAGUAUCUGUAGUUGUAAAAAGGUUCUAUUUUCUGGAUUUAUUCACAAAAACUAUAUGUGAGGAUUAAAGCAUAAGUAAACAUUUUCAGAUUAACUCAUGUUUGUGAAGCCACACAUAAAGAUACUAUAGAAGAGCCCCUGAACAGUGUUUAAGAGACAUAUGCUGCAGUUACCCAACUGUCUCAGUUAGGGUGCGAAUGUGUGAGACCCGCCUUUUUUUGCACUUAUGUACAUAGUCCAUGAAAGCAAUCCUUGGAGCUUUUGACAAUAUAAGAAGUCUGUGGUAAUAGAGGAAGGUUAGUGAGAGUGCUUUCUGAGGCUCUAAGCAUUAGCGAAAGCAUAGUGUUGCAGUAGUGUGUGUUGUGGAGGCUUGCUAGCUUGCUACAGCUCACCAGAAGCUCAGACUGCAAACAAAUGCCAGAUCCUCCUAACGACACUGAGUGAGAAUGCAAAGCACUUCUUUUCUUAAGGCUACUAGCAAAAAUUAUUCGCUUGUUGAACUAACUCCCACAGUAAACACACACACACACACACACACACACACAUGCAUGCACGCAUGCGUGUGCUUGUACCACAUAAUGGAUAAGGUUCCCCAUAGAGAUUUUCUUUUUUCCAAUUGUAGAAAGCAGAAAAACUACUCUGUACAUUACAAGCUAGUUACUCUCAAAUCUAACUAAAAUAGGUUUCAUCCUUUGUAGUUAAAACUUCUAUCAAUUAAUGUGGAUUUAAGUGAUAAAUUGUUAAUGUUUUAAGUCAACAGAAGUGAACCAGCCCAAAUCUUACACAAGAUGGACACUGGAAGAUGAUGUCAAUCUAACCUAAUCUGCCAGUUUUCACUCCACAUUUGCAGAUAGCCAAGGAGCCUUCUUGUUGUCCUCCAAGGCACUGAGGCUUAGCAAAGUUGGAAGUUUGAAAGGUUAAAGGACAGAUCCUCACUGGCACUUUGAAUCCCUCCGAUCUUGAGGCAGGUGUCUUUCACACUAAAGAAAGACCCCAUCCUAGGCUAGUUGUGAAAUGUUGUUUUUCAUACACUGCUCUUAGAGACAUAUAACUAGAUCUGCAGCCAUAGCUCAUUAGUACAACCUAGAUGAACAAGGCCCUCCCUGGGUUCCAUCCCCAAGACUACAAAAGGAAAAAGGGGAAGAGAGAGAGAGAGAGAGAGAGAGAGAGAGAGAGAGAGAAUAUAAACCAAAGUCACAAACAACCCAAGCCUUACAUGUAUCCCAUAGCUCAGGGCCAGUUGGCUAAAAAUUACUUUGAUUUUCCCCUCAGCUCCUGAUCACUAAGUCAGUUUGUUGUAUGGCUAUACAACAAACACCCUGACAAUCUGAGCAGCUGGUUAUAGCCAAUAGAAAAUGUAAGCAUACAUUCAUUUUAUAGUUAGGAAUACCCACUUCAGCCUUAUUACCCCCAUAAUUUCACUAUUUAACCAGCAUCUUUACGUGGACGUUUCCUUGUGAAUCUCUAAGUCAGAAAAAUGCAUUUUCAUAAGGACAAUAGGAAGAUGAAAUUUUGUGUGUGGUGCUGGGAAUACAGCCCAGGGCUUUGUGUGCUAUCCCAAAUGCUCUAACACCAUGGCUAGCCAGUGAUAAGAUUUUAAGUCCAGAACUCUCAACCAUAAAUUAGUAGGGAUGAACCCUGAUGCAUCACAAAAGAUAACCAAUGAAUUUAUAACAUGUGCAUGCCCACAGCCACUUGGUUCCGUGCUGAAACUUAAACAUAGUGGCUGUAUUUCAAUCAUUAAAACGAAGGAGAGAAUUAAGUAUAAUGAGUGCAUGUGACUCAUGCUAAAAUAAAUUGGGAUUUAAGUUUGAUGAAUUUAGCAUGUCUAGCCCCUCUACCUUGCCUGUAAGAGGAAUUACCCACUGGAAUUAAAAAUCUAGAUCAUCCCAAAGAAAAUUUAUGUUUAUAGAGAACCCUUCCUCAAUUAUACUGUACCUAAAAAAUGAAAAGUGCUUUGAUCUGAAAUAAGUUGUCACUCUGCAUAGAUACUACAAGAAUCCUCACUAGCCCUCUUCUACAUUGUGUUACUUUAAAAAAAAAAAAAUACCUCCGUAGGAAGACCUAGAAGAAUUGAGCUUUUUCUCCCACACACGUACAACCUUAAGACUCUGUCAUAGAACUACAUGGUUCCAAAGCUUUAUUUCUGUAUACAGAUGCUGUCUGUUAAUGAUGGAAACCAAAUUGUUGUCCUGCUGUGUCUUUUGUGUCUAGCAGUUGAGAGGAUGAUAUGACCAUCAUUUCAUUAGAUGCUGGGGAUAACCUUCUCAAAAUAAGUUUCUUAUCAUUACCAUAGCUGUUGCUUCAGUUAUAAAAUGAGCCAUUUACUCCCCAAAUUACACUAAUUAAAAUGAAGUCCAUUUUUAAGAAAGUGAGGUUCCACUCACUAUAUUGUGUUAACUAGUCCAAAUUCCAUGGCCUUAAAUGAUUUGAUUCUCCUGUCUCAGCUUCCUGCAUGACUUACUUUGCUUUACCAUGAUGAGCUAGGUUAUCCUUUUGUGUAAUUUUAAAUGAAUAACUUAUAGCUCCAGCUAACAAUGAUCUGGAUUGUAGAAAGUGGAAGCAUUUGUCUUGGGCAGAAAGUGGCAAUGUAAAAAUUUCUUUGCCCUGUGCAACAAUUAAAAACUUAAGUAAGGACCAAAAUAUUUUACAAGUAAAAAUUGUUCACAUAAUAUUUUGUCCCAAAUGCAGUAAUUCAUUCCCUCAACUGCAGAUGUUUGAACUUUUUCAAGUUACAGUGUUGUAUUGCCUGUUUGUCUUUAGAAGUGUUCAUUAUAUAGCUCAUUUUAGUAUGCUACUUUUUAUGUUUCUUUUUUAUUCUUUCAAUAAAGUUUUCAAAUUCC